UAACUCUUAAAGAGACAGGAAGGUCGAUUGGUCUGAAGUUCUUAAAGGGACAGGGCGCGUGUAAACAGCUGCACGUGGACGCAGAUUUGGGAGACGCGCCCACGUUUCUUCCCACCGGGACCGCACCGCGUGGGGCGGCAGUUGGAGCCGCGGGACGGCGGCUAGACGGGGUGACCCGACUGCAUUCCUGGCCGGUGUGUCAGCGCCGGUUCCCGCCCCCUCUGCCGAGAUUUCGGAUCCUACUCCAGAAUUUGGGCACCCACCUUUUCCCCAGGAGAGAGUGGCUUUCUAGAGCAGAGGGAGGGUCAAGGGGAAGGGGAAACAUUUCCUCCGCCCGGGAUCUCCAGAUUGUUCCCUGCGCGUGGGCGAGACACCCGGGUGCCGCCCCUGCGAGCUCCGGGACUACAAUUCCCAGAGGACCCGAGGCGAGGAGGUGCUAGAGAUCGGUCGCGGCUGCUGCUGGAGAUUGUAGUCCAGCCUCCAACUUUAGCCUCUGUUGCUGAGAAUCCUGUAAAGAUCCGACCCCUCCUAUCAUCCCCCCUUUUACCGACGGGGACACUGAUGCUUAGACACCCGAGGGGAUACUGAGUCAGCAAGGCUCUCUUCUCGCUUUAGGAGCUGGGCAUGUGACUUUUAUCCAGCCUCCAAUCUUCCACCUCUUUGGUCCAAAUGUUCACUCGGGAAAGGGGAAACUGAGCCUGAAGGGGUGGAGCAAGAGCUCAGAAGUGCAUGUCUUGCAGCCACCGCGCGGUAGGCGUCUCUGCUUUUCCGUCUCUCCCUGGCCUGGCCAGGUCGCUUGCAGAUUCUUGGGCCUUGCCCUUCCUGUCUGUGAAAUGGACUCCGGGUGAAUCCGAAAGGGAAGAUCUCUGGCUGCGUCCUGGCCCUCUGGGACUACAAGUCCCAAGGUGCUCGAGGCGAUCUCGGCUCCCCCUCCCCUCCGGGACCCGCCUCCCUCCAGCCCGAGUCACGUCGUCUAACCUGUUCCCGGAGCCUGCCCCGCCCCGUCCUCCGCUCCCGGCAGCCGGAGCUGGAGCCGGAGGAAGCCCCCUGGUGCCAGGAUCUGCCCCGGAUCCGCCUCAGUCUGCAGAGCCCUGAAUUCUUCCUGCACCUUUGACUAGGUGGAUCUUCACAAUAGUCCUGCGCCCGCUGCAGCUGGCACCAUGGACAGCGAGGCAUUUCAGAAUGCACGGGACCUUUUGGACCUGAACUUCCAGUGUGAGCUGGGCGCUGGCCAUAAAGCACAUGGAGCACAUGAAGCAGAUGGAGCUGGACACGGCGGCAGCCAAGGUGGACGAGCUGACCAAGCAGCUGGAGUCGCUGUGGUCAGACUCACCGGCACCUCCUGGCCCACAGGCCACAGCCCCUUCUAGGCUGUCCCGGUACAGCUCCAGCCCGGUCCCGGAGCCCAUGGGCAGCCGAGGGUCCCCCCGGAAGGCGGCCACCGACGGCACAGACACCUCAUUCCCACGCUCGGAGAGUGCCCCGGCCCUGCAUCCCUACAGCCCGCUGUCGCCCAAGGGCCGGCCAUCGUCUCCGCGCGCCCCGCUCUACCUGCAGCCCGACGCCUACAGCAGCCUGGAGCGCGCGCCCUCGCCGCGGCCGCGCGCCUUCGACGGCGCGAGCGGCUCCCUCGGGCGCGCGCCCUCCCCGCGGCCAGGCCCGCUCCGCCAGCAGGGUCCCCCCACGCCCUUCGACUUCCUGGGGCGCGCGGGCUCCCCGCGUGGCAGCCCUCUGGCCGAGGGGCCCCAGGCCUUCUUCCCCGAGCGGGGGCCCUCGCCGCGCCCCCCCGCGGCUGCCUACGAGGCGCAGUCCGCCUUCGGGGGUCCCCUGCUGGGCGCGGGCGGAAGCGCCUUUGCCCCGCCCCUGCGCGCGCAAGACGACCUGACGCUGCGCCGGCGGCCCCCCAAAGCCUGGAAUGAGUCUGACCUAGACGUGGCGUACGAGAAGAAGUCUUCGCAGAGCUAUGAACGCCUGGACGUCUUCGCGCGGCCGGCCUCGCCGGGCCUGCAGCUGCUGCCCUGGAGGGAGAGCAGCCUGGACGGGCUGGGAGCCGCCGGCAAGGACAACCUCACCAGCGCCACCCUGCCGCGCAAUUACAAGGUCUCCCCUCUGGCCAACGACAGGCGUUCUGAUGUGGGCAGCUACCGCCGUUCGCUGGGCUCCGCGGGGCCGUCGGGCACUUUGCCCCGCAGCUGGCAGCCCGUCAGCCGCAUCCCCAUGCCUCCUUCCAGCCCCCAGCCCCGCAGCGCCCCGCGCCAGCGCCCCAUCCCCCUCAGCAUGAUAUUCAAGCUGCAGAACGCCUUCUGGGAGCACGGGGCCAGCAGGGCCAUGUUCCCUGGGUCCCCCGUCUUCGCCCGAGCACCCCCGCCUAAGCUGCCUCCCCAGCCGCCCCCCCAGCCCCAGCCCCAGCCCCAGCCGCCCUCCCAGCCACAGCCCCAGCCCCAGCUGCCCCCACAGCCCCAAACCCAACCCCACCCCCAAACCCCUACCCCAGCCCCCCAGCCUCCCCAACAGACAUGGGCCCCUGUGAAUGAAGGCACCCCCAAGCCCCCUGCGGAGCUGGAGCCUGAACCGGAGAUAGAGGGGCUGCUGGCGCCAGUGCUGGAAGCCGGUGACACAGAGGAAGGCACCGUCACCCGGCCCCUCAGCCCCACAAGGCUGCAGCCGGCACUGCCACCUGAGGCGCAGUCGGUGCCCGAGCUGGAGGAGGUGGCACGGGUGCUGGCAGAGAUUCCUCGGCCCCUCAAACGCAGGGGCUCCAUGGAGCAGAGCCCCGCCGUGGCCCUGCCCCCCACCCACAAGAAACAGUACCAGCAGAUCAUCAGCCGCCUCUUCCAUCGCCACGGAGGGCCAGGGCCCGGGGGCCCCGAACCAGAGCUGUGCCCCAUCACGGAGGGGUCCGAGGCCAGGGCAGGGCCCCCUGCUCCUGCCCCGCCAGCCCCCAUCCCAACCCCGGCUCCGCCCCAGAGCAGCCCGCCCGAGCAGCUGCAGAGCGUGGAGAUGCGAUCGGUGCUGCGGAAGGCGGGGUCCCCGCGCAAGGCCCGCCGCGCGCGCCUCAACCCGCUCGUCCUGCUGCUGGACGCCGCCCUGACCGGCGAGCUGGAGGUGGUGCAGCAGGCCGUGAAGGAGAUGAACGAUCCGAGCCAGCCCAACGAGGAGGGCAUCACCGCCCUGCACAACGCCAUCUGCGGCGCCAACUACCCCAUCGUGGACUUCCUCAUCGCCGCGGGCGCCAACGUCAACUCCCCCGACAGCCACGGCUGGACCCCGCUGCACUGCGCAGCGUCGUGCAACGACACGGCCAUCUGCAUGGCGCUGGUGCAGCACGGCGCCGCCAUCUUCGCCACCACGCUCAGCGACGGCGCCACGGCCAUCGAGAAGUGCGACCCCUACCGCGAGGGUUAUGCCGACUGCGCCACCUACCUGGCAGACGUGGAGCAGAGUAUGGGGCUGAUGCACAGCGGGGCGGUGUACGCCCUCUGGGACUACAGCGCCGAGUUCGGGGACGAGCUGUCCUUCCGCGAGGGCGAGUCGGUCACCGUGCUGCGGAGGGACGGGCCCGAGGAGACCGACUGGUGGUGGGCCGCGCUGCACGGCCAGGAGGGCUACGUGCCGCGUAACUACUUCGGGCUCUUCCCCAGGGUGAAGCCGCAGAGGAAUAAAGUCUAGCGGGACAGAAGGACAUUUUGGAGGGAGACUGGAGCAAGCAGCCCUGCCUUGGCUGCAGACCUCCCCCUCCAUUUACCGCUGCCUUUACCUGCGCCCCCCAGCCCUGCAGGGGUGCGGCCCUUACCACCAGUCCUCUGCUCUCCCCGAAGCUCGGGGCAGAAGGAGAACCCCAGCCUUAAGUUUAGGAACCUGCCUUAGCCCUUAGAGGUCCAGGUGGGGCUGGGAACCCCUGGGGCAGGAGACACCCCGUUUUUGCUACAUCAGAUCCCGUCCAAAGUGCCUCCCACUCCUACUGCCACUGCCCCCAGCAAGACAACCCACUGGUGUCCCCACUGGAUUUCCAUGGGAGUCACCUCUGACCCCACUCCUCCCAGCGGCCUUGGGGUACAAAAGGCACCUUGGUCUCUACCAGCAUCCCUGCCCCUCCUCUCCUCAAUGAAGUGCCUUCACACAGCGCUGGUUUUAUGUUUAUAACAAAAUGGGGACAUUUUUCUUUAUAAAUAAAGGUAGUUUGCACAGAAAUGGACUUUUUUCUCUUUUCAUUCC